CGAGCGGGUCAGGCUCAGCGUCGACCACCCUAGUCGGUCCGCUGAAUGAAGUGCCCGCCCCGCUGAGCCCGGAGCCCGGCGCUUUCCCCGCAAGAUGGACGGUUUCGCCGGCAGCCUCGAUGAUAGUAUUUCUGCUGCAAGUACUUCUGAUGUUCAGGAUCGCCUCUCAGCCCUUGAGUUACGAGUUCAACAGCAAGAAGAUGAAAUCACAGUGCUAAAGGCAGCUUUGGCUGAUGUUUUGAGGCGUCUUGCCAUCUCUGAAGAUCAUGUAGCCUCAGUGAAAAAAUCAGUCCCAAGUAAAGGCCAGCCAGGCCUUCGAGAAGCUAUUUCUAUGUCCUGUAUAACCAACGGGAGUGGUACAAACAGAAAACCAAGUCACACCAGCUCUGUCUCAAUCGCAAGAAAAGAAACUCUUUCAUCUGCUGCUAAAAGUGGUACAGAAAAAAAGAAAGAAAAACCACAAGGACAGAGAGAGAAAAAAGAGGACUCUCACUCUAAUGAUCAAAGUCCACAAAUUCGAGCAUCACCUUCUCCCCAGCCCUCUUCACAGCCUCUCCAAAUACACAGGCAAACUCAAGAAAGCAAGAAUUCUACUCCCACCAAAAGCAUAAAACGACCACCAACAGCUGAAAAGUCACAUAAUUCAUGGGAAAAUUCAGACGAUAGCCGUAAUAAAUUAUUGAGGGCAGUUUCAACAUCAAAAUUAAUAUCAAAAGUUAUAAAAAAUACAGACAAGCAUAAAGAUGUCAUCAUCAAUCAAGCAAAAAUGUCAACCCGUGAAAAAAACAGCCAAGAAGGAGAAUACAUUAAAAUGUUUAUGCGAGGUCGACCAAUUACAAUGUUCAUUCCUUCUGAUGUUGACAACUAUGAUGACAUCAGAACAGAACUGCCUCCUGAGAAGCUCAAACUGGAGUGGGUAUACGGUUAUCGAGGAAAGGAUUGUCGAGCUAAUGUUUACCUUCUUCCUACCGGGGAAAUUGUUUAUUUCAUAGCAUCAGUAGUAGUACUAUUUAAUUAUGAAGAGCGAACUCAACGGCACUACCUGGGUCAUACAGACUGUGUAAAAUGCCUUGCUAUACAUCCUGACAAAAUUAGGAUUGCAACUGGACAGAUAGCUGGAGUGGAUAAGGAUGGAAGGCCCCUGCAACCUCAUGUCAGAGUGUGGGAUUCAGUUAGUCUUUCUACACUGCAAAUUAUUGGACUUGGAACUUUCGAACGUGGAGUAGGAUGCCUGGAUUUUUCAAAAGCAGAUUCAGGUGUUCAUUUAUGUGUUAUCGAUGACUCCAAUGAGCAUAUGCUUACUGUGUGGGAUUGGCAGAAAAAAUCAAAAGGAGCAGAAAUAAAGACAACAAAUGAAGUUGUUUUGGCUGUGGGAUUCCAUCCAACAGAUGCAAAUAUCAUAAUAACAUGUGGUAAAUCACAUAUUUUUUUCUGGACCUGGAGUGGCAAUUCACUAACAAAAAAACAGGGAGUUUUUGGGAAAUAUGAAAAACCAAAAUUUGUGCAGUGUUUAGCUUUCUUAGGAAACGGAGAUGUUCUUGCUGGAGACUCAGGUGGAGUCAUACUCAUAUGGAGCAAAACUACUGUAGAGCCCACACCUGGGAAAGGGCCUAAAGGUGUUUAUCAGAUCAGCAAACAAAUCAAAGCUCAUGAUGGCAGUGUGUUCACACUUUGUCAGAUGAGAAAUGGGAUGUUAUUAACUGGAGGCGGGAAAGACAGAAAAAUAAUUCUGUGGGAUCAUGAUCUGAAUCCUGAAAGAGAAAUAGAGGUUCCUGAUCAGUAUGGAACAAUCAGAGCUGUAGCAGAAGGAAAGGCAGAUCAAUUUUUGGUCGGCACAUCACGAAACUUUAUUUUACGAGGAACAUUUAAUGAUGGCUUCCAAAUAGAAGUACAGGGUCAUACAGAUGAGCUUUGGGGUCUUGCCACACAUCCCUUCAAAGACUUGCUCUUGACUUGUGCUCAGGACAGACAGGUGUGCAUGUGGAACUCCGUGGAACACAGGCUGGAAUGGACCAGGCUGGUAGACGAACCAGGACACUGUGCAGAUUUUCAUCCAAGUGGCACAGUGGUGGCCAUAGGAACGCACUCAGGCAGGUGGUUUGUUCUGGAUGCAGAAACCAGAGAUCUGGUUUCUAUCCACACAGACGGGAAUGAGCAGCUCUCGGUGAUGCGCUACUCAGUAGAUGGCACCCUCCUGGCUGUAGGAUCUCAUGACAACUUCAUUUACCUCUAUGCAGUCUCAGAAAAUGGAAGAAAGUAUAGCAGACAUGGAAAGUGCACUGGACAUUCCAGCUAUAUCACACACCUUGACUGGUCCCCAGACAACAAGUAUAUAAUGUCUAACUCGGGAGACUAUGAGAUCCUGUACUGGGACAUUGAACAUGGCUGCAAACUGAUGAGAAAUCGAUCAGAAUGUAAGGACAUCAAUUGGACAACAUACACCUGUGUGCUAGGCUUCCAAGUCUUCGGUGUCUGGCCAGAAGGAUCUGAUGGGACGGAUAUCAAUGCACUGGUGCGAUCCCACAACAGAAAGGUGAUAGCUGUUGCUGAUGACUUCUGCAAAGUCCAUCUGUUUCAGUAUCCCUGCUCCAAAGCAAAGGCUCCCAGUCACAAGUACAGUGCCCACAGCAGCCAUGUCACCAACGUCAGUUUUACUCAUAAUGACAGUCACCUGAUUUCAACUGGUGGAAAAGACAUGAGCAUCAUUCAGUGGAAACUUGUGGAAAAGUUACCUUUGCCUCAGAAUGAGACUCUAGCGGAUCCUACACUCACCAAAGCCCCUCCCUCUUCCAUCGAGAGCGUGGUGCAGUCUGAUACCCCCACACCGCCUCCUUCCCAGCCCUUAAACGAGACAGCUGAAGAAGAAAGUCGCAUAAGCAGUUCCCCCACACUUCUGGAGAACAGCCUGGAACAGACCGUGGAGCCCAGCGAAGACCACAGUGAGGAGCAGAGCGAGGGGGGCAGCGAAGAGCUUGGCGAGCCUGUUUAUGAAGAGCUAGCCAACGAGCUAAGCGAGGAGCAGAGCAGAGCCACCCUGCCCGGGGGCCAGCAAGACCCCUCAUCCCUGUCCUAA